CAUAUGACGUGGCAGCUCGACUCUUUGUUUAUAAAAGGUAAGAAAGAAGAGAAAAGAAGGAAGGGAGGCAGAGUCAUCCGAUUGCUUCGAAUUUGAAGCUCUGAACACAAAGGGAUGUUCCUAAGAGUUUUAGGUGUCAUUUUAAUUGGGUUGUCAGCCUGGGCAUUUUCAGCCAUUCGCCCUCCAGCUCCUAAAAUAUGUGGUUCUGUCGGUGGUCCGCCAAUAACUGGUCCAAGAAUAAAACUUAGAGAUGGAAGGCAUUUGGCUUACAAGGAACAUGGUGUCUCCAGAACAGUAGCCAAAUUCAAGAUCAUAUAUGUCCAUGGCUUUUCUAGUUGCAGAGAUGAUGCAGCAGUUGCAAUUCAUCCUUCUCCUGGGUUUCUUGAAGAACUCGGAGUUUAUGUCGUCUCUCUUGACAGACCUGGAUACGGAGAAAGCGACCCGCAUCCAACGCGAACGGUAGAGAGUUUAGCAUUAGAUGUUGAAGAGCUUGGUGAUCAGCUAGGAUUGGGUCCUAAGUUCUAUGUAAUUGGCUUGUCAAUGGGUGGCCAAGCAGUUUGGGGUUGUCUCAAGUAUAUCCCUCACAGAUUGGCGGGAGCGUCUCUACUCGCUCCAGCUAUCAACUACUGGUGGCCUAGUUUUCCUGCAAACUUAUCAAAGGAAGGUUUGUCCAGCCAACUACCACAAGAUCAAUGGGCACUAAGGGUUGCUCAUCAUCUUCCAUGGCUAACUUAUUGGUGGAACACUCAGAAAUUCUUUCCUCCAGUGAGCAUUUUAGCCGGUAGGCCUGAGAUCCUUUCCAGUCAAGAUAUUGAAAUUAUUCGCAGUCACGAAGGCUUGCCAGUGGACCAGAAAUACGUGAGACAACAAGGAGAAUUCGAAUCCUUGCACCGUGACCUGAUGGUCGGAUUUGGUAAAUGGGAGUUCGAUCCAAUGCUUCUUGAAAACAUAUUUCCUAAGAAUGAAGGAUCCAUCCAUCUAUGGCAAGGCGACGACGACAAGCUCGUGCCUGUUAAGCUACAACGUUACAUCGCUCAAAAACUUCCUUGGAUUCACUACCAUGAGUUAUCUGGUGCAGGGCAUCUUUUUGUAUCCACAAGGAAAAUGAGUGAAGAAAUUGUAAGGUCAUUGCUUGUACAAUGAAAUAAUGGCCUGCCUUUUCUUUGUAGCCUUGUGUCUUUCUUUCAGUUGCAUUUCAUUUUGAUUAAUGAACAAAGCUUCAGUGGGUUAGAACA